CGCAAAGGCUUAGGAUGCCAUUUGAGACAGGGCCAUUCACUGCGCUGUGGGAGGAAGCUAUCCACCAUUUUGUCAAACACACACUCUCACAGUAAGAACAAUAAACCGAGAGAGAGAAAGAAAAAGCGAUCCACAAAUAACUGUGAAUUAGAGUUAUUUAACACGCGUCAAGAAAGAGAGGGGAAUUUAAAGUGUGUUUAAUCCACGGAGGGAUUAAACACUGAAGAUGUCCGUCGACCAGAGAGAUGAGAAAGAUGGGGAACUGAAUGUGCUGGAAGACAUUUUGACUGAUGCUCCUGACCAGGAUGAUGAGCUCUACAACCCAGAGAGUGAACAUGAUGUAAAUGAGAAAAAAGGGUCUAAAAGGAAGAAAGAGCGAGGAGACAGCCAGGAUGCAAAACGGCUCAGAUCCUCUGGGCAUGCCAGCAGACAGCCAUUAAAGAGAGCCCCCCCUUCUGCUGGAUCAAACGGCAAAAAGAGCAGCAAUCCCAGAGGAAGACAUGCCCCUGAAAAUGUGUAUGAUGAAAGAAAGAACCAUGCUGGAAGAGGGGAUGCAUCUCGGGGGGAUCUUCCUAAAGUAUAUGGUGAAAAAGGCCUGUCCCGCAGCAGAGACUCCCAGAGACGAAUCAAACCCCUGCUGCCUGAGUUGACAGAGAAGAUGAGGACUAGUGAGGACAGCACGGGCAGAGCAAGCCGCUCCCCCAGAGAGGAAGAGGCUCAUUCAGAAGAAUACGCAUCCGAGCAGGAGACGGGCAGCUCUGUGGCUUCCUCUGAGGGCAACCGGUCAGAUGUUGAGGAGGAAGAGGUCAUGGAGGAAGAAGGAGAAGAGAAGGAAGUGGAAGAAGAAGAAGAGGAGGAAGAAGAGGAAGUGGAUGAAGAAGAGGAAGAGUAUGAACUGGAGGAAGAGGAUCCUCGGGAGGGAAAUGAACAGAACGACUAUGAUACUCGCAGUGAGGCCAGUGAUUCCCAGUCUGAGUCUGUUUCCUUCUCGGAUGGAGAGUCUGUGCAUUCAGCUUCGGGCUCAGAGGCAUCAGGGUCUGAAAAGAAACAUGAGAAACUGCCCUCUUCUGUCAGAGCUGUGAGGAAGGAUCAAACCAGCAAGCUGCAGUACAUCCUGAGAGAGGCCAGGUUUUUUCUAAUUAAGAGCAACAACCAUGAGAACGUAUCUUUGGCCAAAGCAAAGGGUGUGUGGUCCACUCUACCUGUCAAUGAGAAAAAACUGAACGCAGCUUUCCGCUCUGCUCGGAGUGUUGUGCUAAUCUUCUCUGUCAGAGAGAGUGGAAAGUUUCAAGGUUUUGCUCGUUUGUCCUCUGAGUCUCAUCAUGGAGGUUCUCCUAUUCACUGGGUUCUGCCUGCAGGCAUGAAUGCCAAGAUGCUUGGAGGAGUCUUCAAAAUUGACUGGAUUUGCAGGCGGGAAUUGCCUUUCACAAAAACGUCCCACCUCUCAAACCCAUGGAAUGAGCACAAGCCUGUGAAGAUUGGACGUGAUGGACAGGAGAUUGAACCAGAUUGCGGGACACAGCUGUGCAUGCUCUUCCCUCCGGACGAGAGCAUUGACUUGUAUCAAGUCAUUCACAAAAUGCGCCACAAGAGGAGGAUGCACUCCGAGCCUCGAUCUCGGGGCCGACCUGCCCACAGAGAGCCGGCCCCACGAGACCUGGGAAGGCGUCGUCCAGAGGAAUAUGACAUGCACAACCGCAAGCGGCCCAGGAUUGAUUACCCUCCAGAAUUCCCCCAGAGACCAGGUUUUAUGCAAGACCCUCGCAAUCCACCUAUGGACAGGCGCUUCUCUGGUGUUAGAAGAGAUGUUUUUCUCAAUGGAUCAUACAAUGACUAUAUGAGAGAAUUCCACCACAACAUUGGGCCUCCGCCACCAUGGCAAGGAAUGGCACCUUACCCUGGAAUGGAGCAUCCCCCCCAGCACCCAUACUACCAGCAUCAUCCGCCUCCGCCCCAUGCUCACCCUCCUUACUCCGGACACCACCCCAUGUCCCAUGAUGCCCGCUUUAGGGAGAAAAGGGUUGUCCGCUCUUUCGCCUCCAGUCUGCAUGACUAUGACAUGCGUGUGGAUGACUUCCUGAGGCGCACACAGGCAGUGGUGAGUGGACGUAGGAGCCGCCCACGUGAACGUGACCGGCAGAGAGAGCGUGACAGGCCACGAGAUGGGCGUCGUGACAGAGAGAGAGACCGUGGCAGAGAACGUGACCGUGAAAGGGAGCGAAUUCGAGAUCGCGCGAGAGAGAAGGAGAGGGGACGAUACCGGAGAUAGAGGAAAAUGUUUAACCCCCCAUUUUCAUGUAGUUUUUUUAUUUUACAGUUGAACGGUUUAUCUGAAAGCUGAAUAACCUUUCUAUUUUUUUUUAUUUAAUUUUUUUUCUGAAAACCCUGCAGUUGUUUGUAUCAUGCAUGCAGUGCAUCUGAACUGUGAAAACCAAAAAGCAUAUUUACCCUCAAAUUUAAAAUCUUUUUUUCUUUUUCUUUUUUAAUCAUUGGCUCUGUAGUUAUGAGUUGGUUCAACAUUUUUGAGAAGUGUGUUUCCUUCCCACUUUUGAGUUGAGCGAACUGCCUGUUCUUUGCGUGAUUCUUACCAUUUUUUAAGUGUCUGUGACGAGAGUGUUUGCUAGCUCUGUGCUUGUCUUUUUGCUUUCCGUUGUACAUUUAAAUAAAGUCAUAGGUGCCAGUAUUUGGUGGCGCAGCUAAAUAUGACCAUUGUAUCAAGGUUGUUUAUUAAGCUUUGUCUGAAGCCAGGCUCGUUUUGUAGUGUUUUGAUAGGGAAACAAAGUAUUCCCACAUUUGUUUCUGCUGUCCAGAGAAAGGAUCAUAAAUUACAUGAAGGUUUGUAGAAUAAAUUGUUAACCCAUUUGUGACUGGAGAAGUACUCUUUUAUGGAUAUGUUUUGUGCAAAUCAAAAAAUAAAUCAAAAGAAAGGGAAUAUCUUGUAUUGUUUGUAAAUAAAAGUUUGGUCAGAAAACCAACUGGCUUCUUCACAAGAAAAAAUAGUGACACAAAUGGCUGUAUAACCUCCAUUUGUAUGUAAAGACCCUGAUUACUUUUUUUAUUUACGCUUUAUUGAAGAAUAAUAUACAGAGAGCUUCAGAAAAGCAGCAGUUUUUAUUUUAAAAAUGUACAAUCAAGUGAACAUUGGUGGACAAAUUGUGGUUUUCAAUUGAAAAACAAAAUAUAAUCCACAAUGAUUUCUAUAAAGAGUGGGAUAAAUUAUGCUUGGUUAUUUUUUUUAUACCAGAAUGCUGAGUUAUGUCAGCUGGGUCAUUUUGAGGAGUUAUUUUUAUAGUGUUGUGUAGUUUUUAACCAAAUUCUGCUGGGUUAGUGGCUGGGUCAUUGUCUGACAGUAGAAAUACAUCAUUACCAACCCAAGAUGCUGGGUCAAAAUAACAGACUGAUGGUAUGUCUGCCGAUCUGGAUAAAACCAGUUUAUCAACUGUAAUUUUUGCCUCCUGUCUUGAAAAUACUAACUGAGGGAACUCUUACUGAAUUAAAUUAAACAUUUGAGUGUAGUUAAAUAGUUAUAUACUCGUAUAUAUUGUUGAAUAGAUUAGCCUACCUCAGUGACAAAAAAAACAAAA